AUGGACACAAAAAAUUUUACGAAAUGGCUGAAAGAAAAGCUUUUACCAAACUUACCGCCAAAUGGUAUCGUCGUCAUUGAUAACACGCCUUAUCACUCGACGCAAUCUGAAAAGCCUCCCAUAAGCUCAUCUCUCAAAGCCGAUAUGCAAAACUGGCUGCAAAGCAACAAUAUCAACUUUGACGAAAAAAUGACAAAACGCGAACUGUAUCAUUUGAUUGUCACUAAUAAGCCUCCAAAAAAAUACAUUGUAGACGAAUUAAUGAAGGAGCACGGCCAUGAAGUUUUGCGGCUGCCACCCUACCAUUGUGAUUUAAAUCCAAUAGAAUACAUGUGGAAUUUAGUGAAGCAAAGGGUGGCAGACAAAAACGUUACUCAAUCUGAGAGAGAAAUCGAAAAUCUGACGAAGGAGGCUAUAAAGUCUAUUACAGUUGCUGACUGGAAGAAGGAAAUAAACCACAUUGAAAGAUUGGAAAAAGAGUAUUGGGACAAGGACCGUCUCCAAGAAAUAGAAGAAAGAGAAUUUAUAAUUUCUCUUGGAGGCGAAGAAUCCAGCUCUGAGAGCGAUAUUGAUGACGAAUCUGACACCAUGUCGGGAAUUGAAGAAAUUAAUUAUAGUAGCGAAAACGAUUGA